AUGGCUAUCACAUCCGAAUACGAGCCAAUCCGGGCCAAGCCUGAAGACGCCAAAGAGAUUGAAGAGUUCUUAGUGGCUGAUUUUCUCAUCACAGAGCCCCUGAAUGCAGCAGUCCGGCUGAGCCGACCUGAUUGCCAUCAAAUUCUAGAAGCGAGCCGCGGCGCAUGGCUGCCAGGCUCUGCAAAGCAAUCGGCAACUGUCCCGCUCCCUUUAAUCGAGCCAGCUCGUCUUUUGAAGAUUCGAGACCUCGCCAAAGAUUCGGCCAACUCUGGCCAUACUGCAUUGUUAAGAAACGAGCAAGGGGAAAUGAUUGGAGUUGCGAUGUGUACGAUGUCAACCGUCCAAAAAAUCGAGGACGCCCCGAUGCCAUGCAGCUCGCAAAUUCCCGGCAAGAUGGAUUAUAUUGCGAAUUUCUUGUGGCAGUUGGAUAGAGGACUCAAGCCCGCCUGCCCUGAGCACUACGAAAAAGUGAUGAAGUUUGAGAUUUUGAGCAUUCAUGCAAAAUACACAAGGCAAGGACUUGGAGCUAAAUUGAUAAAAUGGGUAGUGGCAGAGGCGAAGGAGAUGAACGUUCCGAUUGUGGUUGAAGUGACGGCGCUUGCUACGCAAAAGCUCUUCCCCAAGUUCGGCUUUGAAAUUGUCUUCGAAAUCCUCCAUUCACGCUACGUCGAAGUCAUGGGAAAACGUAUCUUCAACUGCUCUGAUGGGACCGACAGAGGCCAAUUACUACUGUGGUUACCG